AUGAACACGUCAAGACCGAACGCACCAUCGUACAUACACCGCAGCCUAAGAGCGCAGUCCAACCGGAUUUCACGUACCAAGGAUGAAGAUUGGCGCAUUACGCGCAAACUAGGUUCUCUCCUCGGCGACGCAGAAGACGUCUCUGCCCGUCGUAAGAAUUUAGUGUCCGCCACGCUCCACCGUAUGUGGAAAGUUUGGCUUCGGCCAUCGAAGACUCGGAAACUACGCUCUUUCGCCUCUACAACUGCUACGUCUUACCGAUCCUGUAUACAAUUGCAGGACUUGGUCCCUUACCGAUUCCGUGCACACAGCCUUGAAAGUGGUCAACAGCUCCGCAAAGUGAUUGGCGUACGUUAUCCAGACACGAUUUCCAAUGCCAAGCUCUACGACCGUUUCAAGACUGAGCCACUCCGAUUUCACUUGCUUCGCAGCGGAUGGAGCCUUUUUGGCCCCAUCCUCGGCAGACCAGCAGGCAUCUCAGCCUACCGCUUCAUGGAAACUUUCUUGAAUCUUAGGGAGAGCGGCAAAUGGAGAGGCAGACGCCGACUAACGCUACCGAUCGUCCUCGAUGCCGACCUUCAAAGACUUUCCGCAGGACACCGUUUCAACGUGCUCCAGGCCUGUUCUUCCUUCGCCUAUGUGCUCCGGACAGCGCAGCCUGGAAGGACUUAA